UCUCUGUGGUGUUGGAGGAAUGCUGUGGAAUGCUGUGCUCAGUUGAACACGAGUGAGGAUCCUGUUUCUUUUGUUGUCUGAAUCCUUGUUUAAAUGAACACACCCCUACAGUAAGCAGGACCUGUCACAAGACCUGAGGGCGGAGCGGGAGCGGGAGUCCGGGCGGCGGCGGGGCAGGAGCAGCAGCAGGUGUCCGGGGCAGAGCGAGGGUGACCCAGUUCACAGUCCGCCGGGUGUCGCGGUGUCCGAGAGUAGAGUAGUCCGGCCCGGAGAGAGGCGCUGAGGGAGCGGGUGGCGGGCGGACAGGCGGACGGCACAUGGCGCUGCAGGAGCUCUACACUAAAUAUAACAGAGUGUGGAUUCCGGACUCAGAGCAGGUGUGGAAAUCAGCGGAGAUCCUCAAAGACUUCAGUCCAGGAGAUCCAACUCUACACCUGCAGCUCGAGGAUGGGACUGUCCUGCAGUACCCUGUGGAGGGGCCUGGACAGUUACCCCACCUUCGUAACCCAGACAUCCUGGUGGGAGAGAAUGACUUGACAGCUCUUAGCUACCUGCAUGAGCCUGCAGUUCUGCAUAACCUGCGUGUCAGAUUUGUGGACUCUAGGAUCAUCUACACAUACUGCGGCAUUAUCCUGGUGGCUGUUAACCCAUAUAAACAGCUCCCCAUUUAUGGAGAUGGAGUCAUCCAUGCUUAUUCUGGCCAGAAUAUGGGAGACCUAGAUCCCCAUAUAUUUGCAGUGGCAGAAGAAGCUUACAAGCAGAUGGCAAGAAACAACCAGAACCAGUCUAUCAUAGUGAGUGGGGAGUCCGGAGCAGGGAAGACUGUGUCCGCUCGCUAUGCUAUGAGGUACUUCGCGAUGGUUAGCAAAUCUAGCAGCAACAAACGAGUGGAGGACAAGGUUUUGGCAUCAAACCCUAUUACUGAGGCUAUAGGCAAUGCAAAGACUACAAGGAAUGACAACAGCAGCCGAUUUGGGAAGUACACUGAAAUCAGCUUUGAUAGAAGGUACCAGAUCAUCGGCGCAAAUAUGAGGACAUACCUUCUAGAAAAGUCCAGAGUUGUUUUUCAGUCUGAGAAUGAGAGAAACUAUCACGUCUUCUACCAGAUGUGUGCAUGUGCAGACCAGCCAGAGUUUAAGAGCUUGAGACUGUUGAGUGCAGACAAGUUUAAUUACACCUGCAUGGGAGGCGACACAGAGAUUCAAGGAGUGGAUGACUGUGCCGACAUGGCUGAAACCCGUCGAACUUUCAGUCUGCUGGGACUGAAGGAGGACUUUCAGAGUGAUGUGUUUAAGAUGUUGGCAGGGAUUCUGCACUUAGGAAAUGUUGUGAUCAAAGCAGUUGGCUCAGACCAGUCGUCCAUCAGUUCUUCUGACUCUCAUCUGGUGGUGUUCUGUGAUCUGCUGGGUGUCAGAGGAGAAGAGAUGAGUCGCUGGCUGUGUCAUCGUCGCAUUGUCCUAGCAUCUGAGACAGUGGUCAAACCUCAGCCAAAGGAGCGUGCCAUCAACGCCCGUGAUGCUCUAGCCAAGCACCUCUAUGCCUAUCUCUUCGACUGUGUCAUCCUCAGGAUCAACCAGGCACUGCGUGUGCCUGGCAAACAACACUCAUUCAUUGGCGUAUUGGAUAUAUAUGGAUUUGAGACAUUUGAUGUGAACAGCUUUGAGCAGUUUUGCAUCAACUACGCCAAUGAGAAGUUGCAACAGCAGUUUAACUUGCAUGUUUUUAAACUAGAGCAAGAGGAGUACAUGAAGGAGGACAUCCCAUGGACACUAAUCGACUUCUAUGACAACCAACCAGUCAUUGAUCUGAUUGAGGCUAAGAUGGGCAUCCUGGACUUGCUGGAUGAGGAGUGUCUGUUUCCUCAGGGGACUGAUAAGAACUGGCUUCAGAAGCUCUAUAAUUAUCUGGGCUCAAAACCUCAUUUUGAGAAACCUCGUCUGUCCAAUGAGGCGUUUGUAAUCCAGCACUUUGCAGACAAGGUACAAUAUCAGUGCAGAGGUUUCUUAGAGAAGAACAGAGAUACCCUGUAUGAAGAGCUGGUGGACGUAAUGCGAGCUAGCAAGUUUCCUCUCUUGACAGAUUUCUUCACUGAAGAGGAGAAUAAUGCUGUUACCAAGGUGAAAGUAAAAGCAGCGCGUCCUGGAGUCAAACCAGCCAAUAAGCAGCUUCGGAGCACAGUGGGAGACAAGUUCCGCAGUUCUCUGUAUCUGUUAAUGGAGACGCUAAAUGCCACCACACCCCAUUAUGUCCGCUGCAUUAAACCCAAUGAAGAGAAGCUGCCGUUUGAGUAUGACUCAAAGCGUGUGGUACAGCAGUUGCGGGCGUGUGGUGUCCUAGAGACUGUACACAUUAGUGCUCAGAGCUACCCAUCCAGGUGGACGUAUAUAGAGUUCUACAGCCGCUACAGUAUUCUGAUGAGUCAGGCGGAGCUCAGAGCAGGGGACAAGAAGCAGAUUUGUAGAACAGUGCUGCAGAGACUCAUCCAUGACUCUAACCAGUAUAAGUUUGGGCGAACCAAGAUAUUCUUCCGGGCUGGACAGGUGGCGUACCUGGAGAAGCUGCGCUUGGACCGUCUGCGGACCGCAUGUAUUAUAAUUCAAAAGCAUCUGCGGGGCUGGAGCCAGAGACGCAGAUACCUGCGCCUGCGACAAGCUGCCAUCAUCAUCCAGGAGUACAUCCGUGGCAAGAGGCAGAUCAAACGCACUGUGACAGCAGCAGCAUUGAAGCAGGGAUGGGCAGCAGUGGUUAUCCAGAGACACUGUCGUGGUUAUCUUGUACGACGGCUUUACCAGCUUCUUCGGGUUGCUGCUAUCACUAUCCAGGCUUAUGUCAGGGGGUGGAUGGCCCGCAAACGCUACAAAAAGAUGAUGGAGGAGCACAAAGCUCUGGUCUUACAGAAGUACGCUCGGGCCUGGCUGGUGCGACGUCGUUUCCAGACCAUGCGUAGACUCGUGCUGAAUGUACAGCUCUCGUAUAGAGUCCAACAGCUGCGCAAGAAAAUAGAGGAGCAGAAUAAAGAGAACCGUGGACUUGUAGAGAGACUGACCAGUCUUGCCAACACCCAUGCUCAGUCACUGGACAGAAUUCAGGCUCUGGAGGCGGAGCUUAGCAAAUCAACCAAGGAGAAGGCAUCUGUAGAGGAGAGAGAGAAGAAGAACAAAGAGGAUACCAGUCAAGUGAUUACUCAGCUUCAGGGAGAGAGGGAUAAGGCCCGACAGGAGAAUCAGGCUCUCCAGCAGAAACUCAAAGACUCCAUUCAGCAGAUGACAGAUAAUUUUGAUGGGCUCAAGAAAAAGCUUGUGGAGGACCUUGAGCGAGAAGAGAGGCUGCGAAAGGUGGCAGAGCACAGCGGUGAGCUGCAGAGGGAGGACUUGGAGAAAGAGAUUUUAGCACUAAAGGAGGAAAAUCGCAGAAUGAGGGAGGAGAAGCUUCAGCUGCAGACUCAGGCCAGUGAGGACACACAAAUCAACAAAGAGCUACAGGAGCAGCUCAGUCAGCUUACCAAACAUGUCAAGGUAAUACCAGAGUUACGUAAGGAGAUUAACAUCCUCCAAACAGAGAAAGAUGAAGCAAACAGAAAAAAGAAGGAGCACAUUCAGCAGACCAGAGAGAAAAUGAAUUUGAUUACGAGACAGCUUCUGGGUGAGACGAAAGAAGAGGAGCUUAUUCUCAGGAUGAAAAAAGAGGCUGCAGAGAAUUCUGAAAAUGAAGGAGAUCUUUUGUUUGCUUUUGAUGGGCUGCAGACUGCCACCAGAGUGGUGGAGACCCAGUUGAAGGAACAAAGGGAAAGCUAUGAAAGUCAAAUGGAAGCACUGGUUUUUAAGAAUGAUCACCUGGCCAGGGAGAACCAGCAGCUACAAGCCCUCUUUCAGGAAAAGAGUGACGUCAACCAAAGCAUAGGACAGGAAGUGGCCCGCCUUACUGCAGAGAACAUGGUGAUCCCAGACCUGAAGCAGCAGGUUGCAGAGUCACAGCGACACAGACAAGAGCUGGAGACUCAACUAAAAGAACAAAACACUGAGAUGACUGAAAAAAUACUGAAGGUGUCCUCUGAGCUUCAGAACAAACUUGAGAAGGAACGCUCCCAAAGACAGCUUUUAGAGGAGAGGAAUAGAGAGAGCACCAUUGAGAGAGAGGAGAUACAGGGAAGGUUGGAGGAGCUGGAGGAAGAGAUGGAGCAGCUAAAGAGACUUCAUCAGACGGAAAAUGAAACAAAGAACAAACUCAGACAGGAGACUUCCCGCCUUACUGCUGAGAACAUGGACUUUGAGGAACAGAUAGAUAUGAAGGACAGGACCAUAAAGAGACUGCAGGACCAAAUCAAAGCUCUUCAGGCACCUGUGAAAGUCAAUCAGAAAGCUGCACAGGUCCUUCCUAAAGAAUACCUCGGCAUGCUGGAGUAUAAGAAGGAAGAUGAAGACAAGCUUGUGCGCAUGUUAAUACGAGAGCUAAAGCCGAGGGGUGUGGUGGUGAAUAUGAUCCCUGGGCUGGCUGCCAAUCUCCUCUUUAUGUGCGUGCGGCAUUCUGAUUACCUCAAUGAUGGAAACAAGCUCAAAUCCCUAAUGCACGCCAUCAUCACUGCUAUUAAACAGGUCAUCACGGAUCAUCAGGAGAACUUUGAGAUUUUGUCUUUCUGGCUUUCCAACACAUACUACCUGCUCAACUGCUUCAAACAGUACAGCGGAGAGGAAGAGUUUAUGAAGCACAACACACCUCGGCAGAACAAGAACUGCCUGCAGAACUUUGACCUGUCAGAGCACAGACAGAUCCUCAGUGAUCUCGCCAUCCGCAUCUAUCACCAGUUCAUAAACAUCAUGGAGGAUACCCUCUUCCCUAUGAUUGUCCCUGCAAUGCUGGAGCAUGAGAGUCUACAGGGAAUCUCUAGCAUGAAGCCCACAGGUUUCCGUAAGCGCUCCAACAGCUUGCUGGAGGAAGGGCGCAGUGAGGGUCAGGCCUACAGUGUCUCCUCUAUCCUGCAGCUGAUGAACUCCUUCCACAACGCCAUGGCACAGCAGGGCAUGGAGCUGCAGCUGCAGGGACAGGCCAUUCGCCAGCUCUUCUACCUGAUAGGAGCCACCUCACUCAACAGCAUCCUCCUCCGCAAAGACCUCUGCUCCUGUCGCAAGGGCAUGCAGAUCAGGUGUAAUAUCAGUUAUCUGGAGGAAUGGUUGAGGGAGAAGGGUUUGCAGGGCUGCAGUGCCAUGGAGACUCUGGGACCUCUGUCUCAGGCAGCCUGGCUUCUGCAGGUGAAUAAAACUACAGAUGAGGAUGCAGCAGAGAUUCGGCAGCAAUGCCGCGAGCUUUCAGCUGUGCAGAUUGUGAAGAUCCUCAACUCAUACACGCCUAUUGAUGAUUUUGAAAAGCGAGUCGCACCUUCGUUCGUGCGUAAAGUUCAGGGACUGUUGCAGGAGCGUGAGGGCUCAAAUCAGCUGAUGAUGGAUGCACAGUAUCGAUUCCAGGUCACUUUUCCUUUUUGCCCAUCCACACAAGCCCUGGAGCUGCUGCAGGUGCCCAGCAGCCUUCACCUGGGCUUUCUCACCCGCAUAUGACCUCUGACCCUGACAACUGACUUUUUAGCUUCAAGCCCUUAAAUCACAACGAGAAUCAGUGUGCUAUUAGGAUUAUACAAAAUGUAUUUUUAAAACAGAUGACUUACAAUUUUUUAAUCUGUGUCAAAAAAUGUUUGAGUGAUUUUUUUGCCUACACUUUAAAAUGCUUUUAUGUAUAAAAAAAAAAUUGUAUAUAAAGGAGAUAAAACUCAUUUCUACAGUAAAAAUAAAGCAAAGUAAUUUUCAUUUUUAUUGAGAUACAGUAUUUUAUGUAAACUUAUUGCCAUGAUCAAACAUUCUUUUUUGAACUAGACUAUAUUGAAGCAUUUGGUAAAAUACUGCACUAUUUUGUUUUAUAACAAUGCCAUAAAUUAUGUUGCACAGUGUGUGUUAUAAAUCGGUUGUUACCACUGAUCUGUUUGAAUUCCAUUUUAACCCUUUGCCAUAGAUGAUGUAAUUUAUUAACAUUUAUUAUAUCCUCUAAUGGCUCUUAAUGAUCAGACAACAGACUUACUGUAUGGUAGGCAGUAACCUUAUCUGUCUGUCUCUCUAUCCAUCCAAACACCCAACCAUCCAAACCCACUCACCCAUCUACCCACCCACUCAUUCAUUCAUCCAUCCACGCUAUAAAACCCAAUAGUUCUAUAAAACCAGCAAAUCAAACUGUUAUCAAAUGACAGUCCAAUUCUUUCUGUGCUAUUAAUGACAUAAGUAUUAAGUGAUAUUUCUGUAGCAGUUUGGAGUAAUGGAGGUCAAACCUAGGAAAAGUGUAUAUUCAGUUUUGCAUAGCCCAGAUUUUAAGUUCUAUAAAACCAAUAAAUCAAACUGUUAUCAAAUGACACCAAUA